AUUUCUGUGUGUAUACUACUAUAUACUAAAUACAUAAAUGGUAGAAUGGAUAUAUAUUUAAAUUAAUUUGGCCAUGGUGAAAUGUUAAGUGCAGAAAUGCCUGAACUCUCUUUAGAAGUUACCUGCCAUGUCCCCUCUGCUAGAAGCCAGUGUCUCCACAGCCUUGCUGAAGCCUGUUUCAGUUAAUCUGCCUUUGUGCAAGUGGAUAUGAGGAGUAUUUACACUCCAGUUUUGCUGUAGCUACCUCCUGAGUAGCUCUACUACACUUUCUUUUUCUUUUGCUACUUGUACUCUUGUGCCAUGUAUAAUAGCAAAUAUAUUGCACAAAACCUUUUUAAUUUCUUUUGCAAGUAGUCAGAGAGGAGUACGGUGGACUUUAUUUCCAAUCAAAUUAUUAAAGGUAACUAUAGUUAGCUUAAUGCAUUCUAUCAUUUUUGCAUUUGAGUAUUUCUGUAAUCGGUUUUAGAGAUGCUUAAAUCCCUCCACUGCUUUGCCUAAACCUUUAUGCUCAGAAGGAGGAAGCCUCCUCUCUCUUGGAAGAAGUACUUUCUUUUUCUCACAGUAUUCCAUUGAAAAGUUACAGACUGUCAGAAAAGGUUUGAAUGUCUAUCUCUUUUUUCUUAAUGACAAAGUCUCAGAAGAUAUUCCAACUAUGCAGUCCAAUCUGUCAAAUUUUUGAGUCCAAGCCAUUCCCCAAUCAAUAUCAACAGCAUGUAUUGUUAAGAGGGAAAAUCUAGGGGUUUCUACAUGUAGUAGAAAAAACGAUGUGGAACAUUUAAUGUAAGCCAAGCUCAUCUUUCCUUCCCUAACUACUCCUUUGAACCCCACUUUCACCAUGGAGAUCCUGCAAAGUAUGGUGUUGCCAACACUUUCAACAAUAAAUAAUGAAGAAUUUUACAGUAGUAAGUAAUGUUCUCUUAAAACACAAAUGAAGCAUAAGAAAAUCAGGAGAUGAAUAGUUUCCAAUGAACCUUAAGCCUGUUUCUUUAAAGUAAUUAAAUAUUUAUCAUUACUUUGUAUGAUAAAACACACCCUAACUAUGUGGACUUCUGGCAGUAGUUUUCUCAGUGGGGUGGGUGCUCUGAAUCCAGCACUUUCACCUGCCUUUUCACAGUACCUGAGUAUAAUUUCUGCCUACCUGCUUUUGGAUUUGAUACUUAGGAUGUCAGGAACUCUGAGGGACCCAGUGUUUCAAUGAAUGCACUUUUUUAGUUGAAUGUAGCCUUAGGUGGCUAAUUUUAGAAAGGAUCAGAAUGCCUUUGGAGGCAGCUGUCUUGCUGACUCCUGAUGUAUUCAAAGGCAGAUUGAAUCCUUUCUUCUGGAUGAGCUCACUCACCCUUAAGCAACUUCAGUCCUUCCUCCCCUUCUUAUUGUUACUGAUUUUUUUCAAAUGUUGGAGUCAAAAAUCCAUCUGAACAGAACCAAACGCUGUUAUUUACAUCUCCUGUGGCUUUUAUCCUUUUUUUAAAAGAAAAACUUGAACCUAUGAUAACAGUUUAAUAACUUUUUUUUCCCAGUAAAAUGUUUGCUACUAGAAAGCAGACACUUUUUUCUCCUUCUAGGGCUCCCUUCUGGGGCUUUUUUUUUUUUUUAAUAAAAGGUAAGUAGGCGUGGUCAAGCAAUGCUUGUGGUUUACCAUGUUUCGUAUCAGAGCAAAGCUCAGCUUGGGCUGUUUCACUGGCACAGCUCAUGAAGAGAGGUUUCCAUUUUCAUUUGAAUAUAAACCAGAAAUGAUUCUUUCUACCUAUCACACCAUCCAGUCUGUUUUCUGCUGCUGCUGCACAGUGCAAGAAAGAGCAAAGAGAACAAAAGUGAACCUGAAUCCUGACACUGGCCUGGAGACCCAUUACUCAGCCUCACAACCAGACAUUUCCUAUGCAUCUACUUGGAAGUGGAGGCACAAGAGGCAAUUGCAGUUUAAGAGCAAGCUGUUACCUCCUCUACCUGCCGAGGCCUUGGAAGACUACACCAAGAAACCCAGAGUUAUUGCACUCUAUGAUUUUUUUGCUAGAGGGCCUUCAGAUUUACCUCUAAAGAAGUCAGAAGAAUACAUUAUCCUUGAACAGUAUGAUCCCCACUGGUGGAAGGCGAGAGGCCAACAUGGGAGUGAAGGUCUAAUUCCCAGCAACUAUGUUACUGAGAACAAGAAAAGUAAUUUAGAAAUGUACAAGUAAUGGUACUGCAAAAACAUAAACAGAAGCCAGGCAGAACUUCUCUUGUGCCAGAAGCCCAAAGAAGGUGCAUUUGUUGUCAGAGAUUCAAGUCGACAUCUUAUGCUGUCCAUGUAUUCACGGCAUAAAGGAAGUCAUAAUGUAAAUAUUUUACAUUAUCAAAUUAAACAAAACCCCUUGAGACAGUAUUAUGUAGCAGAAAAAUAUCUUUUUUCAUCUGUUCCUGAACUCAUCAAGUAUCAUCAACACAAUGCUGCAUGUCUUAUCACACGUCUUCGAUAUCCAGUUGGAUCAGAUGGAUGUUCUUCAUCAGCAACAGCAGGACUGAAUUAUGAGGAGUGGGGAUUAAACUCAUCUGAGUUUAAACUCAUCUUCAUUAAAGAACUUGAGCGUGGGCAGUUUGGAGUUGUUUAUCUCGGUAAAUGCAGAGCAACAAUCAAGGUUGCCAUCAAAACAGUCACUGAAGGUGCAAUGUCUAAAGAUGAUUUUAUGGAGGAGGCCAAACUGAUGAUGAAACUCUCCCACCCAAAGCCGGUCCAGCUUUACGGAGUGUGCACACAUCACAAGCCUCUCUACGUUGUGACUAAAUUCAUGGAACAUGGCUGCCUGCUCCAUUACCUUCGGCAAAGGUGGGGGAAACUUGGCAGAGAUGUGUUGCUGAGCAUGUGCCAGGAUGUGUGCGGAGAGAUGGAAUAUGUGGAAAGAAAUAGCUUUAUUCACCGUGAUUUAGCUGCAAGAAACUGUUUAGUUAAUGCAGAGCACAUUGUUAAAGUAUCCGACUUUGGCAUGGUGAGGUACGUCAUUGAUGACGACUAUAUCAGCUCUUCAGGUGCCAAGUUUCCAGUCAAAUGGUCAUCUCCUGAAGUCUUUCAUUUCAAAAAAUACAGCAGCAAAUCAGAUGUCUGGUCAUUUGGUGUAUUGAUGUGGGAAAUUUUCACAGAAGGCAAAAUGCCCUUUGAAAAUAAGUCCAAUUCUAAAGUUGUCCAUGAGAUUUCUCAAGGUAACCAACUUUAUCGACCACAUUUGGCAUCACAUACUGUGUACAAAGUCACGUACAGCUGCUGGCACGAGAAACCUGAAGGACGUCCUACUUUUGCAGAGUUAAUAGUGACCCUCACAGAUUUAACAGAGAUGAGAUAA